AACAGUUAACAUAAGCAUGGCCUUUAAUUUCUUCGAAAAUCCGAAUGCAAAAUUUAACCUGAAAGCAAGCGCUAUUGCAAGUUAUGCAGCAAAGAACAUUAUUGUGAAUGCAUCCCUCAACUUUUGGGGAAGCGAUGAUCCAAAAGAAAUAGAGAAUACACUUUUCGAUGCGGACUAUGAUGGCACGUUGUUGGAUGUAAUAUACCGACCAUAUCUGGGAUCAAAAAAUAUAUCGGAUAUCCAGAACAGAGUAAUCAAUUUCGUUUCUGGGAAUCGAAUAGGAGGACUGGUAGAGGGGAAUGUGACAUUAUUGUUAACCGGAAGUCCCUACACUGUCGUUUCUAACAUUGAAGUUGGCGUUAAUGAUACAUUGAAAAUCGAGGCAGGAGUUGUCCUUCGAUUCAAAUCUGAUAUCGGCAUUAUUGUACAUGGCCAAAUGGAUGUUCUUGGUUCCCCGGAAGCUUUGAUAGUCAUGGACAUGGAUGCAUUCGAAUCAUCAUGGAGGGGAAUUGAAUUCUCGGCUGCUGAGAAAGAGUCACGCAUACAAUAUUUAAUAAUUAAUAAUACGAAAGGAGGAAUAAAAACGACAUCUUCCACUUUCCUAAAAAAUGUGACGUCUUUGAACUCGGAUUCGUCUGGAAUUCAGAUAUCCCUUACAGAUUCUUUGAGUUCAACAUUAUCAUCAAUAGCUUCGGAGUUGGCGGCCGUUAAUUGCUCUAGAGGAAUUGUCAUAGUAGGUCAACCUACAAACUUGUCUACACUCACAAUAACCUCUUGUUUGGUGUUUAAUAAUUCCAUGUACGGCAUUGAAGUAUCAACAAGCGGAAAUGUUACUAUUAAUAGUUGCAUCAUAAACAACAACGCAAUGUCAGGAUUAAAACUUGAAAUGCAGAAAUACGGCAGACUGAGUCUCAACAAGUGUGACGUAAAGAACAAUUUGAAACGAGCCAUAGAGGGCACGAUCACCGGCGGCCUGAGUAUUGAUAAUUGUAACAUUUCCGAUCACAUCAUUGGACAUUACAACUAUUGGCAAAAUUGGAUUGCUGACAAGUUCAUUUACGUUGUUGUCAACUGUCAAUUGGGUGAAAGUUUUGUUUUUAUAACUAGUUCCCUUUUCUUAAACAACAUUUCCGACGGCAUACAGUUGACGAUCAGUUAUUAUAACUUUGCAAACAUGUCAGUGUUAAUAAAUAAUAACACAUUUUCUAAGGGAAAUAAGACAUUCCGCUAUCAAAACGAAAACUACUACUAUCGAGAAAGAACUUGGAACACUAUCAGUUUUAUGAAUAAUGUUAUCGAAAAUGUGAAACCGUUAAGCAAUAGCAAUAAUGUUGUUUUGAACGAAUUCAUCCUCGGUGAACAUGACGAACUUUUUAUUGAUAAAAACACUCUUGUAAGAAAUCGUGGAGGAUCAGCCUUUGCAGUAGGUACCGUUUAUUUGGUUCAUGUUAUCAAUAUGACUUUUACUGGCAAUACAUUUAUGGACAAUGAUUUCACUUUUGCAACGGUUGAUGUUAGGUCACAGGUUAUAGCAAACAUCCACAGGAAUGUUUUUGAACAUUUCGGGCAACAGAUAUGUACAUUACGAGCUCCGGCGUUUGAUAUCAACUACAAGAUAAACGCCACAUACAAUUUCUGGGGAACUGACAACUUUUCAAACAUAUUAGAAUCCGUUUGCGGUUUCGAGAAAGACAUGGGACUGAGUUUUGUGUCCUACAUUCCCUUCUUCACCGAUGGUCGAUUGAAAACACUAAGGAUGCCAGAUAAUUUCAACUCGGCGGCUUAUGGUGGCGAAAUAACGGAAGCGGUUUCUUUAUAUACAAAGGACCACCCAAAACCGAUACUUAUUUCUCGUUCAAUACUGAUCAGACCUACAGGAUCAUUAUUGAUUGAGGAAGGUGUGACUUUACGUUUUGAAGAAAAGCGAGGAAUAUACGUUCAAGGUUCUUUGAAAUGCUCAGGAACCACUUUACCCGUAAGACUGGAGAGCAGCGGUUAUAGAUAUUCAUGGGUUGGACUGUUUGUUAACUCAACGUCCAUACUUGAGCAAGACAAAACCCAACUGAUAAACACUAUAUUAAAGGACACUCAAAAUGGAAUCGUUGCAUACACACAAAAUUUUGAAUUUGUCAAGGGAACUAUUUCUAAUUCUGUUACCAACUGCUUACUGCUAUAUCCAUCUAUUACGCGCCUCACUAUAUAUGACUUUGAGGGAGCAAUGCUUGAAAAUUGCACACAGAAGGCAGUGUUUGUAGAUGGAAUAGGUAAAACGGCUUUGGUGAAUGUUAACAUAAGGAACUCGAAGACAGGCAUAUAUGUGUCUGGAGCGGAGGGUUCGAUUGAUGUAAGGUCUUCCAAUAUAUCACUGAUACAUGACGUCGGAGUUGAAAUACAGUUUACAUCAGCGAACGCUGCUGGGAAUGUAACGAUCGAAAACAAUAUGAUAUCUAAGUCAUUUAGGGGACUAAUUAUAAACGUUGGAAAUGAACGAACGGUCAACACAAUAAAGAUAUCACGAAACUCUAUUGCUGAUGCUCUCAAGGAUGCUCUGUAUGUAAGAUUUCCAUCUUAUCGUUCAUUUUAUGUUUAUGGAGACCGAAGAACAGUUGAAAUAACACUAAAUACGUUUCACAAUUCGUGUGGGAUUUCGAUCGAAACAUGGAACACUGCUAAUCUGACUUUCAACAACAACAUUGUUAAAGAUACUGUCUGUGUAGAUUGCGAAUGUCUUUUCAAAAGCAUUGCUCUUGGAGACGGACGACACACUGGAACAAGAAGAUUUGAUAUGUCAACCAAUGCUUUUGAAAAUAUAACCGCAAAAUGUAUUGUUUAUCUCGAAGACGAUGACAAUGCGAAUUUGAAAGGGGAAUUUUUGUAUAAUAAAAUAACUGAGACACAUACAGCUGAUACCACAGUGUUAACCAGAGCUUACUUUAUAAACAUAUCUCAGAAUAUAUUUGAUAAUCCUUUAUCAGCAUUUGAUGUAAAGACCUCGCUUGAGGGACAACGCAUACUAAAUGCUACAGGGAACUGGUGGGGUAGUUCUGACGCAGCCAUCGCUUACAAUCGCAUAUAUGAUCAAUGUCGUGAUCCAGGACUGGUUUUCUUUAAUGUUGAUCCAGUCGUUACUACACUCACGUUAGAUUGCAGCAAUGUGAACAAUUGCUCCCAGAAAGGUGAAUGUGUGCGUCACCAAACAUGCAGAUGUUCUUCAGGAUGGACUGGUCCUUAUUGCACGGAAUUUGACUGCGUUGGUGUCAAUAACUGCUAUGGAAACGGUGAAUGUGUUGGUCCGAACGUUUGCGAGUGUAAUGAGGGAUGGAGCGGAUCACUUUGUAUAUUCGCAUCAUGCAAAAAUGUUCACGACUGUAGCGGGAGAGGGUUUUGCACCCAACCAGAUAGAUAUCUGCACAUGUUCGCAGGCUUUCACCGGUGUCGACUGUGGUUCCUGUGUGCCGCUGUAUUGGGGUCCCGACUGCAGACCUUGUCCGGCUUGUAUACAUGGUUUAUGCAGUCUUAACUCAGGACAUUGCGACUGUGAGGACGACAAUUGGAGCGGUUACCUCUGUGACAAGUGCAGUGAAGCAUUCUACGGUCCAGAUUGCCUCCCUUUAACUAAAGUUCUUGAUAUUGUGCCGAACCAAGGCAUUGACAAGGGCGGUAA